AUGAAUGGAGACCCCACAUCCCAUAUAUAUAUUCAUAUAAUCAAUGUUCCUUCGUUUGAGAUUGAGAUCGGUGAGAUCGAUGUGAUUAGAUUAGAUUACAAUUCAACCAUAUCAACGACUCUACAAAUACUAGUUGAGGAUAGGACAGGUGAUACGAUGAGACCCACAUACCUCUUGACUCUACUAAGUGUGCUGAGCAGUUUCAUUGGUGUCGAAGCCAUACCAACUAGGGAUAAUCAACUCGUAUUAGCAGAGGAGGAGACACCUAGACCACUGGUCAUAUGGCACGGACUAGGUGAUACAGCGUUAUCAUCCGGUAUAUCAUCGUUCAUAGAAGAUAUAAAAUCGAUUCAUCCUGGUAUAUUCGUACAUUCGAUUCAGAUACCUUUAGAUGGGAGUCUGGAUGACGAGAGAAGAGCCGGAUUCUGGGGAAAUGCGGAAGAACAAGGUUGGGCAGGAUGUGAGCAGAUUGAGACUAUACCGGAAUUGAAAGGUGGCUUUGACGGAAUGGGGUUUUCUCAAGGUGGAUUAUUCAUGAGGUUUUAUGCUCAGUACUGUAACAAUCCACCACUCAAAAAUCUGAUUACUUUUGGCACACCUCAUUUCGGUAUAUCAGCAUUAAUACCGUGUCCUACACCACCGACAUUAAGUUGUAUCUUAGCGGCUCGAGCAGCUCGAUCAGGUAUAUACACCUCCUAUGCUCAAUCACAUAUUGUCCAAGCUGCUUAUUUCAGAGACACGGAAAGGUUAGAUGAAUUUUGGAAAAUAAAUAAAUUCAUCAGGGAUUUAAAUGGUGAAAAAGGUUUAGGUGAAGAUCAAGAUCACGAUGAUGAUGAUGAUGAUGAUGAUGAUGAUACCAAACAAAAAGGUAGAAAUGGAAGUGGGAAUGGAGUUGAUAAAUUGGAUAAUUUCAUUGCUGUAAUGUUCGAUCAAGAUCGAACGGUAUCCCCAGCACAAUCAUCCCAUUUCUCGACUUACUCACCCUCGAAUAAAUCCGAGAUAAUACCAAUGAAUGAACAGCCAAUGUAUCUGGGAGAUUGGAUAGGAUUGAGAAGUUUGGAUGAAAAGCGCGGUCUGGUAUUGGAACAUUGUCAAGGGGAACAUAUGGAUCUAGGUGGAAAAGGUGGCUGUGGAGAAAAGAUGGUUAAAGAUUGGGUGGGAUGGAGGGGUUAG